UAGAGGAGGGACAGGUGCACUGGGCGGGCAGCUCAUGGGGCUGGAGCCAAGGCGGAAGGCUUGUCACUGUGUUCACCCUGCACUGAGCACACAGCACACGUGUGCUGCAGCCCGUGGUGCCCAAAUCCCUGGGAGCUCACAGUCCCAGGGUUGCUGGGUGCAGCCUGUGCGGUGAUGGUUGAUCACCAGUGAGAGGAGGCUGUGAGAGGAGAGCCUGUGAGAGGAGGCUCUGUGGCCUGCAUGUCUCAGCAGCUGCCAUUGAGGACCUGCGGAGGUUGCUGGGGCAGGGCUGGCAUCAGUGCUUUGGACAGCCUGGGGCUGCAGGCCCAGGCAAGACAAGCCCUUAUGCUGGGGUCAGCUGGUCUGGGCGUUGACCUUGCUCUGGGUUGGGCCUGUCGCUGGGAUUUCACCUGCUUUAUUUUGGUUAAUCCUGGUGGAGAGGCCUGUGACUAUCUCCAUUUUAUGGACAGGAAAACAAGCCCAGGGAGGAUGAAGCCUCCUAACUUGGGGAGCAGGGGUGAGGGGUACUCAGGGUUGGCACUGAGGCUGCCGAGGCCCUCCUCCACUGGGCAGGUGGUUCCCCUGCUUUCCCGCCCCAUCCUGUGCUCUAAAACCAGGCAGAGGUUUGGGGCAGCAGAGGUUGGGAGGCCUGUGGCCAUGAGGAAUAAAUCCCCAGGCAGGGUGGUGGGGCCUGGGGUGUCCGUGGCUCUUUCACCAGGAGGAGCCACAGUCCCUCCCUGCCACCAUGGAGUCACCUGCUUUCCGGGCUGGGCAGGGCGGGAAGAGGGUGAACUGGUUCCUCCAUUUCGUGGGGAGCUGGAAAGAGUUACUCGGCUUCCUGGGAGCAGCAUGGGAUUUUCCCAGGGGGCUUAGGAAGGGGUGGCCUGUGGGCAGUGGCUGGACUCCUGCUGCCAUCCUGCCUGUCUGGGGAAGCGGAGUGGUAGCUCUGUCUUAAGAGUCCCGCUCUGGCCCUCACAAGGCAGGAGGCCCUGCAGGGCGCACUGGAAGUCUCGAUGCCCUGUGAUGGUCACUGGCAAAGAAGGAAGGAGUUUUGGGGAAGUCAGUUUUCGGAGUUUUUGGGAAUGGGGCAGUCAGGAUACAGUAGUGUGACUUUCUGAUGCAGGGCAUUAAAAGAGAAACUGAAACUGUGUCCCUUUAGCCUGGCGGGAAAGAGCCCUGUGGUCACCCCCUUUUGGAUUCUUGGUCUCAGAAGCUGAGGUUUGCUGGCGCUGAGAGGUGUGGGUGGGGUGGAGGUGAGGGGAGAAGUGACAAGGAAGGCUGGGCCUGGGAGUCGGAUCUGGCUGGUGCACUCAGCCUCAGGUCCUCGCUGGUCACAUGGCCAUCCUGAGGUCUCCUGGAUCAGGUGGCUGCAGAGAUUAGUAAAGUAAUGGAUACCAAGCCCCCGGCUCUGAGCCUGGCCUAGAGCAGAGUCCUGGUGAGUGAAAGCGAUUCCUGGUGGCCAUGGGAAGCCUCAGUGCUCUGGACCUUCCUACCCAGAGCUCUGAGCCCCUGACUUCAUCCGCAGACAAAUUCUCUGCUCUCAGAUAAAGCCCCUUUUCUGGGCCUCAGAUGAGGCAGAGGUACCCAGGGAGCUGCUGGGGCUCUGCGCCAGGGCCAUUGGCUGUAGGUGUUUCUUGGCAUCUCUGAUCAUCUUCAGCAAAGGAGAGUCUGCAGAGCCAUCCACUCCUUGCGCUUCCUCUGCUCUUCCUGCGGCUCCAGCGCGCCCUCACUCUGGAAGGCGUCCGUCACGCCGUUCUGUGUGCUGAGCCGGUUGUUCUCCGCAGCUGCUGCCAAGGCCAGAGCUGGUUCUUGGGCCCAGUGCCAAGACAACUUGAUUGUCACAGCUCCCCCAAAGCCAAGGAGCGAUGUCGUCCUGGAAGCAAAGCUGCAGGCAGAAUGAAGCCCUGGGAGGAGAUCCCAGCAGUGGUGUUGAGGGUGGAGCCAGAGUGGGGCAGGGGCAGGGGCAGGGGCAGGUUAGGCUUUGCCCCAGGGCUGGGCAGGGUGUAGGUACUUAGGGCUGGAGCAGUUGGCAGCCAGAAGGCUGGGAGGAAGCAGCCUGUCCACUCGUGGUUUGUGUGGUGGCCUGAGGAGCCUCGGGGAGGAGGUCCCUGCGGCCUUGGAGAGAGCAGGAGAGGGGCGGCUCUGGCUGAUUGCACAGGUCAGGGCAGGGUUGCUCUCUGGCCUCCAGCUCUUUGACAGAGGGAAGCGGAGGCUGUGGUCCUGUUUUCCUCUGGGGAUUGAUGUCUUUCUGUACCAUUCGCAUGAAUGGGGAGAUGGGGUCUAGAGAGGAGUUUGAUGUCUCCUUCCAGCCCUCCUGGCUGGCCCUGGGGUCUGCAUGUGCGGGUGGUGGCUUUGCUGGUCCCUCUCCCCAGCCAUCCCCAGAUGCUUGUGUGGUGUCCACGCUUUUCCUGCCACUUACACAGAUGAGCCAAGAGCAGCAGGAAGGGAGGCGCCCACCUGCCCCAGAGGAAGGGACACAGACUCUGCCAGGGCUUCAUGAUGCUGUGGCUUCUUGGAAACGCGUUUCUCUAAAAUGGGAUUGAGGAGAAAAGAUUUUUUUUGAAUGUUCAAAGACAGUGAUAACAUGAAGUCAAAUACAAAAAACUGCCUGAAAUCCCAAAAUAAAGCAAGAACUUCAAAGAUGUUUCAAGACAGCAGCAGACUGAACAGCAUGGGGUGACUCCUCAGACCUGCUCUGCCACCAAGGGGCUGGCUCUCCCACCCUGCUGGCGCCUGGGGGCAGGCAGGGGGAGCCAGUGCUGCUGCUGCAGCCUCUCCUGCCUUCUGGGCGUGGCUCCGGUCUCUGCUGAGCAGGGUAUUAUCGGGGGACCCACGGGGUCAUUGUAGUUUACGAUGUCACCAGUGCCGAGUCCUUUGUCAAUGUCAAGCGGUGGCUUCACGAAAUCAACCAGAACUGUGAUGAUGUGUGCCGAAUAUUAGUGGGCAAUAAGAAUGAUGACCCUGAGCGGAAGGUGGUGGAGACAGAAGAUGCCUACAAAUUUGCCGGGCAGAUGGGGAUCCAGUUGUUCGAGACCAGCGCCAAGGAGAACGUCAACGUGGAAGAGAUGUUCAACUGCAUCACAGAGCUGGUCCUCCGAGCAAAGAAAGACAACCUGGCGAAACAGCAGCAGCAACAACAGAACGACGUGGUGAAGCUUACGAAGAACAGUAAACGAAAGAAACGAUGCUGCUAAUGCCGCCCAGUCCACUGCAGAGACUGCACUGCGGUCCCUCCCCCAGCCCGAGGUCCGCGGGGGUUCCUCGGGGGACAGUCUCAGUUUUGUGCCGUUAUUUAAAGAAUUCUCUCCAUGUUUUUGUAUCGGGAGGCGCCAUCGGCACUUCCUCUCCCUCCCCCCUCGAGUGCCAAGAAGGUGUUGGACCAGCCCGCCCUCCCCUACCGGUGCCCCCUUCUCCCCGGCCAAGGCGCCUGGACCUGGCAAGGACGCUGCCAGCCGAGCAGACUGAUUCGCAGAGUCUGUACAUAGUGUAUAUUGCUCUACCCGGCCACAUACCGUGUCCUGCUCUGGCUUUUGCCUCCUUGAUGCCAGCCUGCUGCAACGGACCCUCCCUUCGCCCCUCCCCAGCCCAUCUUACUACAAGCAGCGUCCUGAGGAGACAGCGUCAUGUUCUAGCAGCAUCCUUGGCCAGCCUGCGCCAGUGGAGUGGGCUCCGUGUUGCUCAUUCUCUCCGACAGGCUGUCAGCUUCUGUCCCUGGCACGCAGGGUCUUGCCCCCUCUCCGGGGCCUGUGCCAGCUCCCUUCCCUCCCUGUUCUCCUGCCCCCACAGCCAUUCUGAGAGCUGGGGAACCCAGCCUCAAGGUCCUGCGGUUCCAGAAGUGGUCAGUCUUGCCCCUUGGCCAACAGAUUUCUUGUCCUGCCUUCUAGAUGCUUCUGAGCUCCAAACCCAGGGGAGCCAUGGCUUCUCAUUUCUACCAAGAGGUUUCGGUUCCAUCAGAAAGGUUGGGGUAGGUUCGUGCAGAGAUGGGGCUGGCAUGGGGGCUGCAGAAGCAGUAUUUUAACAGAUCAAGAGAAUGAAGCCAGAUCAGUGAAUUAAGUUCCUCACAAUUAUUUUCUUUCCCUGAGGUUUGAUUGGCAGAGCAGCAAAAGUUGGGGCAAACCCACUUUGUGUCCACUGUUUUUAGAAAAACAAAAACAAAAACAAAAACGAAUGGCUUCCUGCCAUUGUGGGGCUGGGCUCUCAUGCCUGGGGCCUCUGGGCUGGGACCGUGGACAGCCCCCAGUCAUUGUCCUAAUCUUUGUCAGGACAAAGGUAGCAAGGGGAUUUCCUGGCAGAUGGGAAGGAAUGGCUGGGGUGGUCAGUUUUGACCCCUAGUCCCCUGGAGAAAAACCAGGGUCAUCUGCACUUGAUGACUGUGUCCCCGGCCCGAACACCUCAUUACCCUUUCCCCUACAGGGAUCAAGUGACCUGGGAAGAACUGAUUCCAGGAUGUGUUUCCUUAGAUUUCCUUUCCUAGGUGAUUUCCAGGCAGAGCCCUGAUUGGACAAUCACAUCACAGAUCUCACUGCAGUUUCCAUGUUAGCACUGUGGAUGGGUUUUUAAUCAAUAAAAACUGGGGGUUUCUUCUCACCCGUCUCUCCACGUGCCCAAACUGCCAAAAGCUGGUGGUUCUGGGACAGGCCUUCACUUUGGAGCCACAAGAUGGGGUGGGGGAGCUCCGUGGGCCUGGGAAGGAGGGUACUAUGGAGGGGCUGCAGAGAUGACAAGCAGGCAGCCUCAUCUGGUCUGGGGGUGGCAGAAGUGGGGUCUCCGUCCUUGUGACUGUUCUGGUUGGCCAUGGGCCCUGUGAGGAUGUGUGGUGCUUGGGGGCUCCUGUGCUGGUGGGUGGGGGGCAUGCUUGCCUCUGAGUGAUCAAGCGAGGCCAGCAGGGGUGUGCUUGCAAAUUCAAGCAAUAAGUUAGGGGGGGUUGGUCCUGGGAGCUUCCAGCCCAGGCUAGGAGCCCCCAUGGCUUCUGGCAGCUGGACGUCCAGCCCCAGGUGGUAGGGUGAUUUUGGUCAUGGCAAUGUGCCUGUCCCACUGUUACACGCAUGAAUGGGGGUUACGGGGUGGGGGUGGGGAAUCAGGGCUGGACCGACGUCCUAGUGGACCUGUUGUGAAAUUCCUGUCAAACACCACCACUUUUAAAUGGUUUGCUAGGAUUAUUUCUGUAUUGAAAGUUUCUAAUUAUGCUUUUUAAAAAAAUACUAAAAAUAAAGGUUCAAGCUGCCAAAUUUU